CCUUAGGGGAAGGUCUUCCUCCUUCGGCUGGAGGAAACAUGGCAGGGAACAGAGGAGUGACCCUGUUUGUCCUGCUGCUGUCCUGCUGGCGUGAAGCCAAGCUCCAGCCAAUCAACAUGACUUCAGGUCCAACCACUGACACGCCACCCCGUUCAAAAGGCCAGGAGGACAUACCUGGAGUAUUUGAUUCUGUCCUGGAUGAGAGUUUUCAAGUUGCUGCCCCUCAGAGUUAUCAUGGACUCUCCGAUAAUUCACGAUUGUCUCUUGGCAGCGAGGACAAAAUUUUCAACAAUGAACCCAGCAUUGAUGAGAGUUACCAAAUCGGCGGUCCUGAGGGUUAUGGUGAAUCACAGUUCUCUUCUGGCGGAAAGAAGAAUUUACAAAAUGAGCAAUAUAAAAAACAAUCAAUUCUGGACAAAAUUCUUCAAAACAUUGGAAAAACUUCAGCAGGACACUCUCUCCAGUAAGUGGAAGAGGAGGGUGAGGCUCUGAAGAGGCGGAGGGCAGUCAGUGCGGCCGUCUGCUCCGAGGGGCCCCUCCACAGGAAAUCCAGACUUCGUGAGACCCCACAGCCCCUCAGGAAUA